AUGAAGAGUAAUAUCAUAUUUUAUUUUUCUUUUUUUUUUGUGUACUUAUACUAUGUUUCGUGUAAUCAAUCAACUAAUAGUACACCAGUAAAUAAUGAUGAAGAUCAAGAAGAAUUAUAUAUUAAAAAUAAAAAAUUGGAAAAACUAAAAAAUAUAGUAUCAGGAGAUUUUGUUGGAAAUUAUAAAAAUAAUGAAGAAUUAUUAAAUAAAAAAAUCGAAGAAGUACAAAACAGUAAAGAAAAAAAUGUACAUGUAUUAAUUAAUGGAAAUUCAAUUAUUGAUGAAAUAGAAAAAAAUGAAGAAAAUGAUGAUAACGAAGAAAAUAAUGAUGAUGACAAUACAUAUGAAUUAGAUAUGAAUGAUGACACAUUCUUAGGACAAAAUAACGAUUCACAUUUUGAAAAUGUUGAUGAUGACUCAGAAGAAAAUGAACAAGAAGAUGAAGAUAAGGAAAAAUCAGAAUCAUUUCCAUUAUUCCAAAAUUUAGGAUUAUUCGGUAAAAACGUGUUAUCAAAGGUAAAGGCACAAAGUGAAACAGUUAGUCAACCUAAUAAUGGACAAGAAGUACAAACAACACAAAGACAAAAUGUACAAACAUCAACACAAGUAGCAAAAUCCACAUUUGAAAAAGAUCCAACUAAGAAAUUAUAUAAUUUAGGAGAUGUUUUGAAUCAUAUAGUUCAUAUUUCAAACAAAGAAAACAAAAUAAAUAUCAUUAAUUAUGGUGAAAAAUAUCCAGAUUUCAAAAAAGAAUAUGAAGACUUCGUUUUAAAUUCUAAAGAAUAUGAUAUAAUCAAAAAUCUAAUAAUUAUGUUUGGUCAAGAAGAUAAUAAGAGUAAUAAUGGAGAAACGGGUAUUUUAGGUGAAGCAAAACAUAUGACUAAAAUUUUCAUAAAAUUAUUAGACGAUGAGAAAUACCAUCAACAAUUUAAAAAUUUUAUUUAUGGUGUUUAUAGUUAUGCAAAACAAAAUAGUCACUUAAGUGAGAAAAAAAUAAAACCUGAAAAUGAAUAUAAAAAAUUCUUAGAAUAUUCAUUUAAUUUACUAAACACAAUGUAA